AUGCUGAAUUAUCAUGAACUACGGAUGCUAAUUAUAUUUCAAGUGGCCAUGGUAUUCAUGGUCCAGAAUGUAUUUCAAAUCUAUUCAACAUUUGGACAACAACUGAAAGAUACAGAUGACUAUGUUAAAGAAGCUCUCAAUCAACCAAGAACCACAUUCUAUCGUUUUAACAAAAACUCUAGUUUUUACUCAACCCACGCUCAAUGGCUCACUGAUGGUGAUGAGACUGAUGUCUUCUGGUGGGAAAAUGUGAUAGCUAUCCAGCAAGUUGGUAUAUUCGUGGGGUCUAUAAUGUUUGGCUACAUCUCUGACCAUGUCGGAAGAAAAACUGUUUGCCAGUACAGCUUACUUGUUUCAUCUAUUAUUUUACUGAUCGAGGGAUUUCAAUCAUCUACAAUUGUGAUUUCGAUAUGUCGAUUCAUCAUUGGAACUCAAACCGGUGCCAUUAUUGUUGUUUCCUGGAGUCUCACCACUGAACUGAUCUCACCAAGAACAAGAUUUCUGGCUAGAGCAUUCGCUAAUUGGCCAACUGGAAAGUUUUUACUUGCUCUUAUUUGCUUUUUCUCUCGGAACUGGAGAAUUUCCCUCCAUGUUUGUGCUGGAUUCACUCUUCUGGGUGCAUUGUUGUAUGUAUUCUUUGUGCCUGAAAGUCCAACUUAUCUUCAGUGUCAUGGUCAACGAGAAAAAGCUCAAAAUAUUGUUGCUGAUGUAUUUGAGAAAUCAGAUGGCAAAUGUGUUAUAACACUUCCAAAUGGAAUUCGAUCGAAACCACUCACUUUAAAACAGAUUUGGAGGAAAGAAAAAUACAGAAAUGUUAUCAUUUUAUUUGGAGCAAUUUGGAUAAUGACUAAUUUCACAGCUACCAUGCUCGACUUUUCAGAAGUUAUCAUUUUCAAGAAUAACUUGAUAUACAGUCAGAUGUUGUUAGCAGGAGUGCCAGCGUUGUGUAAAAUUCUCCUUGGUCUUAUCGAAAUAUACCUGGGAAUCAUAAGUAGACGUAAUCUUCAUCUGGUUUCACUUUUCAUCAACGCAGUGUCAAUGUGUGCAUCUGGCCUGUUGAUAGUGUUCAAUCUUCAAAAAAGUUACCCGACACUCUACGUAAUAGUGUUUCUAAUCGGUUACUCUUCCAUAGAAUUCAUCUGGGAUGCUUGUUAUUUAUGUGUCGUGGAGCAAGUUCCAACAGAAGUGAGAGGAACAAUCAGUGGAGCAUGUUCUUUUCUGUCGAGACUGUCCGGAAUAGUUGCAUCUAAAAUGACGAUUGUGAAACGACACUGGGAACCUGCUCCACUGUUCAUUGCGUUUGGAACAGCUAUAAUACAUUUCUUGAUUGCGUUCUUCUUUUUGAAUGAGAGCAAAGACGCAAAUCUCGGAGAGAUUGGCUUCACACUGCGUCGGAUUUCACAGAAAGUUUCCCAGAAAAUCAACCAAAUUCGAAACAUGACAAAAAAAGAGAAACGACCGUCUGAAGUUAUCAUUCCCCCAAUUGUGGUUAUUGAUAGAUCAGACCCAAAUAAUCCUGUGUUGGAUCCAGUUCAACAAGAAAUAGGAAAAAAUUGA